AUGGCCAUUUCUGAUGACUAUUUUGUAUAUCUCCAAGAAUCUGAAUGUGAUAUAGGGAUACACAACGAUCCAGUUUCAUAUUCACUAGCCGUUAAGAAUUAUAAUUCUAAUAAAUGGGUUGAUGCCAUGAUAGAAGAGUUAAAAUCUAUGGAUUAUAAUGAAGUCUGGGACCUUGUCGCAUUGCCUGAUGGAGACAAUUGUAUUGGGUGUAAAUGGGUCUUCAAGACCAAAUUCGACAUGAAUGGUUUAAUCGAACAAUUUAAAGGCAGACUUGUUGCCAAAGGUUAUACACAGAAAGAUGCUGUUGAUUAUAAAGAGACAUUCUCUCCUGUAUCAAAGAAGGACUCACUUAGAAUUAUUUUGGCACUUGUGUAG